AUGGCGGUUCUCCUUCACGCCUUGUGGCCUCUGGCAGUCACAGCUAGGGAAGGUGGAAGGUCGCUGAGCCGUUAUAAGUUGAGAAAUGUCACUUCACUGUCAAACGUGGAGAAACAGUUUGUUCUGGCUGUACCCAACAAGUCUGAGACGGUAACUAUUGAGGAAACAUCUGCCAUUCAAAAGACACUUUUGAAUGAGGAACCUGCAACUGAAGAGGCAUGCCUUAAGCAAAAGACAUUAAAGAGUUAUGAAUGUCACCAGGAGACAUUUCUAAUGGAGAAGCCACUAACAUUGCUGGGGAAGACUGAUGAUGACAAUGAGUUUGAAACAGAGCUCAUGGCUUCUGAAGGGAAGGAGGAGUCUGAAGAGGCAGCUGUCAUUGAGGUAAUGCCUGAUUUAAAGGAGUCUGUCAUCGGGAAGGUGACUCUCACCUCAAGUUCAUUAUAUGAAAAGAAGAAACAGGCUGUUCAAAGGGACAAGUAUAAUCUUCGGGACAAGAGUUUUUUUGGGAAUAAGCCAUCAGCAUUAAACGUGGUGAGUACUAGAGAGAAGUCACUAAUUAAAAUGCCGCUUCUCAUGAAAAAGAAUCCUACCACUAAAAUGAAGUCUUUGUUACAGGAGCCAUUAUCACAGCAAAAAAUAUAUAAGACUCAAGAGGAGGCAAGCACCUCUAAGAAGACACAGGUGUUACAAGUGAAAUCAAAGAACAAAGAAGGGAAACAUAGCACCAAUGAAGUGACCCAUACAAAGAAGGAACCCUCUUCUAAAAAGAAUCAUGACACUCAGGGAAAGGGCACUAAUUUUAGGUCACCAAGAGAUCAGCCAGUCACUCAUGCAAAUGAAUCAUCAUCCCUUAAAAUGUCUACCACCAAGAAAGAUUCCCAUUUCCAGGGGCAAUCUGUAUUGCCAGACAGGCACAUCACUGAAAUGGAGGCAUCCACUGUAGAAACCUCCUUGGCUCUGCAAAAGCCUACCACUGAGGCGGAGGUGUUACCUUUUCAGGUAGCUCCAGUUCUGGAGAAGCAGCACAGCACAGAGGAGGUCCUUCACAAGAAGCAUUCGUCUAAAAGGAGACAUUCUAUAAAUAACCCAGCAACACAAGAAGCAGCCACUAGCGAGCCAUUGUCCUUUAAGAAGUCUACCACUAGGAAAGAUUCCCCUAUCCAGAAGCCAUAUGCACUACGAAAGACGCACACCAAUCCCAGGGUUUCGUCCAAGGUGAAGAAGCCCCAUGUCCCACAAAAGCAUGAUGUUGGGGAAGAGUCAGAUUUUCAGUUAUCUUCAGAUUUUAAGAAAUGGUACACUGUGGGGGAGCCAGCCUCCACCAAGAAGCCUUUAAUGUCAGAGAUGCAGCAGACCACCACUCAAGGGACAGGGUCCUAUUUGAAAAAUCCACUAGUAUUACAGACAGCCACUUCAGGAGCAGAGUCACUGACUGAGGAAGCACCGUCCUUUAAGAAAGAAAACAAUACAUCUUCACUGAAAAGAAAGUGUGCUACUUCCACAUGCUUCUCCUGGUUACCACAGUCAGAGAGGCAGGAAACAAUUGAUGAAGAUAAGAAUUUGUUCUCUGUAAAGCCUGGACCAUUUAGGGAGGCAUCUGCCACUGGGUACCUACAGAAUCCAUCUUCACUGAGUGAACAAUGCUCUAUUUCACCUGAGCUAUCCUUCCCAGCAAUAUUUGCCUCAAAGGAGAGUACCAGUCAAGAAGGAACAUGUAGUAAGGUAUCAGCAACUUCCAAUGAUGACAAGGAAUUAUUCUCUCAAGACCUAUUUUCUCCUUAUAGUUCUGCUGAUGAAGAUGCACGUAAAUGCCAGAAAUCUUUGGGCUUGCAAGAGAAGACUAGUAGAAAAAAUGAUUCCUCAAAAAAAAUGAUUGGCUCACAGGACAGUGUUUCCGAAGAAGAGUCCUUUUUAAGAAAGCUCUUUUAUAAGGGCAGCUAUUCCUCUGAAGAAUCAAGCCAAGAGAGAGCUGUUGCUCUAGAACAGGAAUUCAUGUUAAAAAAGAUACUGGAAGAGAGCAACAGCAGUGAUAUCGAUGAGUCUCAUGGUCAUCAUUCACUGCACUUUCAGGACUAUCCCAGCACAGAGAAGGAGGCCUCUGAGGAACCUGAAAACAGUCUGAAAAAAGCCAGCACUGAGCAGAUAGUUGCCCUUAUAAAGUCAUUGGUCACACAAGAUAAUUCUAUCAAAGAGGCCUUCCUCAAUAAGUACACCAUGGACAUAGAUGCUUACUGCAAUCAAUUGUUGACCUUGCCAGAGACCAGCGUCAAGGAGGAGGCAACUCUGAAGGAGCCCUUAGCUUUGCAAGAGAAGCCCAGAACUCAGCUGGCAACUGUCCUGAAGGAGCUACUGGUCUUAAUAAAGAAGCCCAACGUGGAGAAGGUGGCUUUAGCCUUACAAGAGAAUCAAAGCAGUAAUGUAGAGACUCUCUUGAAGGAAGUAUUGGCAUUAGUGGAGAAACCUAGAAUUGAGGGAUCUACUACUCUGAAGGAACCCUUGGCCUUACAGGAGGAACCUAGCACUAAAACAGGUGAUACCCCAAAGGAAUGGGAACUCUCCAAGGAGUCCUUGACCUUUGAUCAGAACCCCAACAUUGAGGAAGAUGAUAUAAGCAGGAAGACAUUAACUACUGAGGAGUCCAACACAGAUCUCCUCUUCAAGGGGGCAUUAGCACUGGGUGAGGGACUCACUGCUGUAGACCAGUUGUCCUUUUCAGAUCCAUCAUCUUUGGAGGAUACUGUUAUUAUUGAUGAAGAGACUUUUUCCAAAUCACUCCUUGCCUUUCCAAAUGAAAAGAGCCCUCAUGAGUCCAGUCCCUGUGAAUCUGGUUCCAAAAACUCUCAAUCACCUACAGGCGAAACACAGACCGAGGUAAUUAUACUGGAUGACAGCGACACACUGGAAAUUAUUGAAAAUGAAGACAAUAAUCCAUCUCUCAACUCUGUAUAUGACAAGGAAAUCUUCAGUUACUUGAAGAAGAGAGAGGAAAAGUUCAUACUCGAGAAAUACAUGGACCGCCAGGCUGAACUCUCCAUUGACUUGAGGGCUAUUCUUGUGGACUGGUUGGUGGAGGUACAGAUGUGCUUUCAGAUGAGUCAUGAGACCCUGUAUUUGGCAGUGAAGAUAGUGGAUCUCUACCUAAUGAAGGCACAAUGCAAGAAGAAGCACCUACAACUCCUUGGUUCCACUGCCUACAUGAUUGCAGCCAAAUUAGAGGAAUCCUAUCCACCUUCCCUGAAAGAGUUCUUUUUCAUUUGUGAAGAUGUUUAUAAGCAGCGGGAUAUGGUUUCCUUGGAAAUCAAGAUCCUGAAAACCCUGGACUUUGACAUCAAUAUUCCUACUGCAUAUAAUUUUCUACGGAGAUAUGCUUCGUAUGUCAGUGCUAGCAUGAAGACACUAACCCUGUCCCGAUUCAUCUGUGAGUUAACCCUGACGGAAUAUGGCUAUAUCCAAGAGAAGCCUUCAAAGCUAGCUGCAGCCUCCUUCAUCUUGGCCCUCUACAUGAGGAAUCUCAGCAGUUGUGUUCCUGUGCUGGAAUAUUAUAGUGGCUACCAGAUUGCUGAACUUCACUCCUUGAUCAGGAAGCUAAACAAUUCAGUGACCUUCCAACCCCUUUGUAGCCUCAAGAAUGUGUAUGAGAAGUAUUCUGAAGAGGCCUUCUUUGAAGUCGCCAAAAUCCCUCCUUUGAACAUGGAAAUUCUAGAAGAGCUGCUGAACUAUGCAUUAAGCAGCUGAGGACCUCUGACAACA